AUGUCGGCCGGACGCAAGGUCUUCCGAUGUGCCGUGGACGAGACGGCCCUAUCUACCAAUAUUAGCGAAAUCAAGAAAUGGACCACUAAUGGUGCUAUCGAUCUCGUGGUUCCUCUCUACAGACUUGCCGAUCUAACCAUCCUCCGAUUAGCACUUGAACGACUCCAUGCACUGAAACGAGCCGGAUCGCAGGUCGCUAUCAACGCCCGUGAAGCAGUCCGCUUCCUUGACCGGGUCACAUCCGGCAAAGAUCAUAUUGCUGCCGACCGAGUUCUCCUCCAGGGCCCCAUGGAGCAGUACGAGCGUUGGGAGGAGGCCGAGAAAUUCUUCCUACCGGAAUUCGAAGAAGAGCCCGAAGUGAUUGACGAGGCCCUUGCCAAUGAUGAGUCAGCGGUUGAACCCAGCGCCGAUGAUACUUUGACCAAGAACGAUUCGGAUGAUCUAUCGCAGAUGCUCUUGUCCAAGCUGAACUUCAAGAAGGACCCGGAGGCUGUAUCGAUCACCUCUGCCGGCACUCCCAGUGGGCCUGGAUCGCGCACGUCCUCUCGCAGCUCCCACACUAGCCCUGAGUGUGCCCAGCGUGAGUCUAGAAAUGGAAUAGCCAAGAAUGAUAAGACCAAGAGCAAGGCUGCUAGCCACCGGCGCACCACCUCUGGAUCCGUCAUCCCGACCGCACCACCCGCUCUGCGCCCAUUGCUGAGCGCCCUGCUCUGGCGGUUGCAUACCGGGCCCGAUGCCGAAAACUCUGCUAAGUCCUGCAUUCUUAUCUCCAAUGACCGUGCGACCCAGCUAUGGGCUCAGAAGUUUGGCAUUGGUGUCAAGAACAUUCUGCAGCUACGCACCGCUAUCCAGUACGAGGAGCGCGAGUACAAGAACCGCUGCAAAUACGUCGAGAAAACUCAGACUCAGCCCGCCGAGCCGAAGACCUUGUUGUCUUACGAGGAAGAAAGUGACGAGGAUGAGCUAGUGUUUGUCCCCCGCGGUCGUGGAAAAGGAACUCCCCGAGGUGGCUCGCGUGGUGGUGGUCUGCGAAAGGUUGCACCACCUCCCGCUGAGCCCACUGCUAUCGUGGAUGUUCCUACCAAGCCCAUCGACCCGGACUCUUUCAGCCGGUCUCUGAGCGGUGCAACCAAGACACCCCCUGUGGACUUAAGCAACCAACAGGGUGCUGCCGGUGCUACUGGUGGCUCCCGUGGUAAGGCUGGAGCCUCUCGCCGCUCGUCCAAUGGUCGCCGUGGUGGAUCUUCGCGCGGUGCACGAGGCAAUGGUCGUGGCCGUGGUAAGCUCUGGGUCCCUUGA